CACAUCGAUAAAACACUUGACGGCAGUCAGUCAACAGCCAGAAGCCGUUGAAUAUCACUCGAGAAGGAGCGUGCGAUGCCUCCACCUCCAAGACACGGGGGCUACGGGCCCGGUCCUGUCAUGCGAGGACCUCCUCCUGGACCUGGCUUUCGUCCCGGACCCAACAUCAAUGUGGGUGUCAAUAUUGGAGGACCACGUCCCCCGCCCAUUGGCGUGGGCAUUGGCAUAGCACCGCCGCCGGUCAUCAUUGGCGCACCGCCAGUCGUCAUCGGCGCUGCCCCACCGCCAGUUAUAGUGGAAACAUUUCCACCUCCUCGUCCUCCAGUCAUAGUCGAGACAAUCGGACCGCCGCGACCGGUUGCAACUGUCUAUACACAGCCGGAAGUCUGUUGUUGUGUCAUUCAAUAAAGACGGAUGUCUUCUUGUGUCUGCGUGUGUGUGUGAAUAAGACAAUAUAUUCCAUAAGAUAUAUAUUUGUAUCUGAAUCUUAAACAUGUAUCUACUUUUUGACUGUGAAUAAAUUUGUUAAGUUUUGUGAGCGCAA